UGCCCUUCCGGUUCCGUUGGGUCCCCCUUUGGCUCGGGUUCUCUGCCCCUCCCCCUUCCCGGAGCCCCGAGGGGCCGGAGCUCCUGGCAGUGCCGGAUCCUGAAGGCGGCCUUCCCCCGGGUCUGUCUGCCAAAAUGUCUGAAAGAUCAGAUCUCCUUCACUUCAAGUUUGAAAAUUAUGGAGAUUCAAUGUUACAAAAAAUGAACAAAUUAAGAGAAGAGAAUAAAUUUUGUGAUGUUACAGUUCUCAUAGAUGAUAUUGAGGUACAGGGGCAUAAAAUUGUGUUUGCUGCAGGUUCCCCCUUCUUAAGAGACCAGUUUUUACUGAAUGAUUCCAGAGAGGUGAAAAUCUCCAUAUUACAGAGUUCCGAAGUGGGGAGACAAUUGCUUUUAUCCUGUUAUAGUGGUGUGCUGGAAUUCCCUGAGAUGGAACUGGUAAAUUACUUGACUGCUGCGAGUUUUCUUCAGAUGAGCCACAUUGUAGAACGGUGCACGCAGGCCCUGUGGAAGUUUAUAAAGCCAAAACAACCAAUGGAUAGUAAAGAGGGAUGUGAACCGCAGAGUGCUUCUCCCCAGUCAAAAGAACAACAGGGAGAUGCCAGAGGCUCUCCAAAGCAGGACUCACCUUGUAUUCAUCCAUCUGAAGACAGUAUGGAUAUGGAGGACAGUGAUAUUCAGAUUGUUAAGGUAGAAUCUAUUGGGGAUGUAUCAGAGGUUAGAAGUAAAAAAGAUCAGAACCAGUUUAUUUCUUCUGAACCCACUGCUUUACAUUCAUCAGAGCCCCAGCACUCCCUGAUAAAUUCAACUGUGGAAAACAGAGUAAGUGAAAUAGAACAAAACCAUCUCCACAAUUAUGCCCUCUCUUACACAGGCAGUGAUAACAUCAUCAUGGCCUCAAAAGAUGUCUUUGGGCCUAAUAUUCGAGGUGUAGACAAAGGCCUACAGUGGCAUCACCAGUGCCCAAAGUGUACCAGGGUGUUUCGUCACCUGGAGAACUACGCCAACCAUUUAAAAAUGCACAAACUCUUUAUGUGUCUACUCUGCGGCAAGACUUUUACUCAGAAAGGCAACCUUCAUCGACACAUGCGUGUGCAUGCCGGCAUUAAACCUUUCCAGUGUAAGAUCUGUGGGAAAACCUUUUCUCAGAAGUGUUCCUUACAGGAUCAUCUUAACCUUCACAGUGGAGAUAAGCCCCAUAAGUGUAACUAUUGUGACAUGGUUUUUGCACAUAAGCCAGUUUUGAGGAAACACCUUAAACAGCUGCAUGGCAAAAACAGCUUUGAUAAUGCCAAUGAAAGAAAUGUGCAAGACCUCACAGUGGAUUUUGAUUCUUUUGCAUGUACAACAGUCACAGACUCUAAAGGUUGUCAGCCACAACCUGAUGCAACACAGGUCCUGGAUGCAGGUAAACUGGCCCAAGCUGUCCUGAACUUAAGGAAUGAUAGUACUUGUGUGAAUUGAGUAGGGGCUUUAUGCUCACAACUAGAACUGACUGAAACUGUGGCAAUAGUCUCAGUGUUUUUAGGAGUGAUUUUGCUAGUUUGACUUCUCCAAAGCCUCUGUGCAUGUUGUAGGGGUGAGUCAAAGCACUAACAGACCAGGCAACUUGCCACUUGAAGUGGUCUUGCCUUCCUUUUGCCCUCUCCCAUUUUCUGUUUUGAAUUAUUUAUCCUGUGAUGUCUGUUUUCCUUUCCCAAGGAGUUAUUCCAUUUGUCUACCUAACAUUGACUUAUGUCUUAGACUGACACUAUUUUAGGCUUUUCACCGGGCACAUUCUGAAGGUACCAACAAGUUAAUAACAUCACCUACACUCCACUAGUAGAUGCUAUGCUAAGAGAAGUGAAUAAUAUUUUUCUUUGGCAGAAAAUAGGCUGAGAUAUAAGGUGAUAUUGCUAUUGGCCUGAAUAUGUGAUAGAACUUGUGGUGCCUAUUGAUAAUUCAUCUAUGUCUGAUAAAUGAAUGAAUCUAUUUCCUACCAUUUGUACUUGUCUUGGAGCUGGUUAUAAAGUAGUACUUUGGGUUCUGUACUCUUUUCAACAGCAUUAUGGCCCAACUUCAUGUUCACAUAGACCAGAAUACAAUCUUUUCAGCGACACCUGCAGACAAAAAGUUAGGAAUCACCAUGAGGAGCAUCAUCAACAAAGGAUAGAAGUACAGUUGUACAACAGUACUUACAUGGGAGAUUUUCCCAAAAAGAAGCCAAUGCUUAUAAUUAAUAUGUAACUUGUUGAUGCUUUUGAAGUCAGGAUUACUCCACGCACACUUAAAACGUGCUCAAGUGUAAUGGUCUCUCUAAAAAGGAGCGAUUUGGGAGUUUCUGGGCUUUGUUUUAGACGUUAGCCAUCAGAAAGGUGAGUUUGGCCUUCAGAGUUUUGUCCAGUGUACCGUAAUAGCCUCUGAAUUCUCAUUUCCUCAUGUACCUUAAUUUCUAAAAUGGAUGAAAAAAGUGGGUCACAGAAGGAGCAAUCAGGUUUUUGCAUUCGAUGUUCCUAUGAAGGUACACAGUCCCACCUUGCCACCUUUGAUAAAUCACUAAUACAAAGUUGAUCUUCCAGUAUGAAAGACUGUUCCAUAUUGUUCCAAACUGUUUUUCCUAAAGCACAUUAUAUAUAGUUCAGAAAUAAGAUUUUGAGUCUUAUUAGUUUCUGACCCAUGAGUUAGAUUUUGGUAAUAGGAGUGUUAGAAUCUUUAGAGAAUCUUAAGAGAUCAUUUACUCCACCUCUUUUUUUUUGAUUGGGAUAUUCAAAGCCCAAAGAGGUGGCCUGGCCAAGGUUGGCCAAAGUAGUUGAGUGACUAAAUAUGAGCUAAUGUCCCUUGGCUUAAAAAGAUUUAGUACAUGAUCAAGAAUACAUUAGCAAAAAGCUCCUAGUUUGUGCUCCACCUUUGUGAAUCCCUGUAGGCUUUCUGAGACAGCCUGGAUUUUGCAAACAAAAUAUCACAGAAGGAUUUAUUUUUGUUAGUUAAUUAUUUUUUGGUUAGAAUAAAUAUUACAUUCUUCCUAAGCAAGUGACUGAUUUGCUGGGUGUUGGUUAGGGAGGGAAAGGAUAAAUAAGAAUAAUGUGAGAAGGAUCCAAAUAUGAAACUGAUUUUGUCUGGAAGCAGUGUUUAUUUAGUUUCCAUCAGGAUUUUCUGUUGUUAUUUUUGAGCUAUGAGAAUGCAUGUACUGAAACCAAAAAUUAGGUUUAACUUGAGUAGUCAGAGGGAAUUCUUCAAGUUGUUAUAAUUUGAUGCAUUUACAUGUGAAUCUGAUUUGAGGUAUAAUUUCUACUUUUUGUUAAAAGAUUUAAAAUGAGAAUACAAUUGAGCAAAAAGACUAAUAGGUAUCUUAUGCCUAUCAUCACUCAUCAUAUGGUCUAAUGAUGUUUCCUAGCAUUCUAAUUUUUAUAUGAUCCAGCCAAAGAGUACCAAUUCUAUGCAGCAGUGAGACACUAACAUGUUAAACAUUUCAAUAUUUUCUCCGAACAUCAUUUCAUCACAGGGAAAUGUCAAGUUGGAGUGCUUCCUUUGCUUACAUUCAUGUCUUGUUUUGUUACUGGUUUGAAGACUGAAAAGCAUGGGUUCAAAUAAGAUUGGUCUCUUUGGUUAGAGACUAUUUCUGGGUUCAUUCAGUCAUUCAAGAAACAUUUGUUGAGCACCUACUGUUGCCAGGUACUAUGCUAGAUACUGAGGAUAUGAAGGUAAGAUUGCUAUGGUCCCUCCCCUCAUGGAGCUUACAGUCUCAUGUGGUCUUAGUGAGAUAAGGUGUCAAUUUGAUUUUAUACUAGGAAUAAUAAAGAAAACUGCCUUGCUUUCUUUGAUCACUAAAAUCAGCAUCUUGAUGGUUCCGUAUCAGUAAAAUGUCUAGUUCUCACCUUUUGCAACUGCAAACCACUGAAUUGAUUUACAGUCUCCUCCAUUUCUUGGCUGGAGAGGUGUUCUGUUUCUGUGAGACAUUUUCUUAAUUUGGUGGGACUUGACUUUUCUCCUUCUUUGUUUAUACAUGUUUCCUAGAUUAUAUUGCAAAGUGGUCAAGUUACUGAUAACAAAUACGUUUUAUAGGGGAAGAUGACUUUCAAAACUAGUCAUAUUCCUGUAGAGGGAAGAUUUUUUUAAAACCUUAGUCAUCAGCAUUUGUAUUUUAUGGAUCCCCAGGAUAACUAAAAAAGAGAGAGAACUCUUUUUAUCAUAGUUUGGUUUUAAAAAAAUUACUGUGUCACAGUCAUUUAUUUAUUUAUUAUUUAAUUUUAAAGACAAACUCCAAACUGAAGUGACUCUGAGGUAAAUCAGAUGUGGUUUUAAUUUGUUUUAGUUUCUUUAUUAGAAGUUCUAUAAAUGGAGGGUGACCAGUGUCACUACUUUUAAAAUAUUGUCCUAAACAAACAACUUAGAACAUUUUAUUUCAGCUGGUGAAUAGCUGUUCUAAAUCUGUUGUAUGUUAGACAUACUAUGAACUACCUCUUCACUUAUUAUGGGGAAGUUUCCUUAAUAAAAGUGUGACAGUUAAAGCUCUGGUGUCAGUGGUUUAUUUUCUCUCCCCUCCUGCUUUCCUUUUCAUUUGCUUUAAUUUGAAUACAGAAAUGCCUUCUUCACUCCUAUUCUUUAAAACACACAUUAAUCAAGCACACUGAACUUGGCUUCAGAAGAAAAUGUGGGUUAACCAGAAAUUGUGACUAGGGUUAGUUACACGAGAACAUGUUGACUGAAGGGGUAAAGCAACUGCUUUUAAGAAUUGGCUGAAAUUCCUUCAUUUGGCAAAUACUUGCUGCCUACUAAGUGGUAGAUUUUGGGAAAGCUAAGAUCACUGCCCUAAAUAACCUCUGCUUAGAUGGGACACAGAUUUCAAUACAGGUAAAAUAAUUGCAACCGUGAAAGCAGCCCAAGGGUUUACAAGCUCCCAACUGGGAAUCAACUAAUUCAGGGGCAGUUCAGGGUGGCUUCAGGGAUGAUGAGAUGUAUGAAUGGGAUUUUGAAGGAUAAGUGGGAGGAGGGAUAGGGCAUAUUGCAGGAAACGGCCGGGCCACGAGUUUAGA